AUGCCGAGCAGCAGGUUUACAGGGUCUGUAACUACGCCGACCGUGGCUUUGUCAAUCGACACCGGCAGCCCCUUGCUCGAUCACACCCUCGAUGGUUUCUUGAAGAUCGCCGGCGUAGCAGCGACCAGAUCACUUGGAGAGGAUGCCUAUCAUGCCGCCAGAAAAGGAAAGCUGUCAGGCAGUGACCUUGAGAAAUCGCUGAAGAAGAUGUGCAAGGAAGGUGCUUACUGGGGGACAGUUGCUGGAGUUUACGUGGGGAUGGAAUAUGGGGUGGAGAGGGUCCGAGGAAGAAGAGACUGGAAGAACGCAAUGCUUGGAGGGAUGGCGACAGGGGCGCUGAUGUCUGCCGCCACAAACAAGGGCACAGACAAGGUUGUCACAGAUGCCAUAACUGGAGGCGCCAUUGCCACUGCUGCCAAGUUCCUCAACUAUCUGGUCUAA